UCUUCUGCUUUAUAAACCCUCGGCCCGUGUACACAGCUAUGCUGCUUCUUCACUUCCUCUUCCUCCUGCCCAAUCCUUCCACAAAAGCCACCACCUCCAUGGCUCCCUCCUCCGCUCGGCGCCUCAACCCCAACGCUCCUCCCUUCGUCCCCGUGACGUCCACCCCCGCUAUGCUCUGCCCUCCACCUCCGGCCCACAUGCCGGUUGGCUUUCCCCUACUGCUGCAGUGCCUGCGCCCGCCGCCCUCGCUGCCGCUGCCGUGCGGGGUGGCCGUCCCGCCCUUGCCAUGUGUGGUGCCACCUCCGCCGCCCUCCCCUCGCUCCGUUCUCUCACCCAGCUGGAGUCGGUCCGUCUCGCCGCGGACGCGAAAGCCUGCGGCGGCGCCUCGGCCUAUGGGCAGCAAGCCCCCCUUUGACCCAAGAAGCGCCAAGACGUCCCUGAUGAUCUGCAACAUCCCAAACGGCUUCUCGAAGCGGAGGCUCAUGGCGAUCCUCGACCAGCAUUGCGCGGUCGAGAAAGAGAAGCUCCGGCGGUGCGUCGGCAAGGCCGUCAAGUCGGAGUACGAUUUCCUCUACGUCCCAAUCGACUUCGGAACAAAGAACAACAAGGGAUAUGCAUUCGUCAACAUGACGACGGCGACGGCGGCGCGUCGGCUUCACGAGUUCCUCCACGGCCACUCAUGGGCGGUGGCGGGCUCCAACAAGGUGUGCGAGGUCGUGCACGCAAGCAUCCAGGGUGCGAAUGCGUUGGUGAAGCAUUUUUCCGGCGUCAAGUUCCCUUGUGGCAACGAGAACGAGGAGUUCCUGCCGGUGCGCUUCGGGCCGCCGCGGAGCGACCGCAGACCGACGGCGGAGCGCGUGGUCGGCCAGGCAGCGGUCCGUCGAGCCCGCUGGUGAGGCGAUGAGCAAGCCGUUUCCCGCACCGGCCGCCGUGGUCCGCUCUAUCUUGCAUUCUAUCCACGCUAUGCUAUGCCAUGGAUGGAUAGAACGGGAGAUAGACGACUAGUCAUAGGCUUGGUUUACGAAUUUCCUUUAUAAUUUGCUUGCUUAUCUCCUAGUUCAAGUAUGCAUGUGUCCUCGAGGUUUAAAUUUGAAGUUUUGUAGUAUGAAUAGAGUGCGUUCGCUGUCUGAGUACUACUAUCUCGAAGCCUACUCUUGAUGAACUGACAGUACUAGUAUAAAUAUGAUGGUGUUUUGCACGA